UCUCCACCCCUAUCUUAUGCAUAAACGUUACCCAGCUUCAAAUAUUUCUCACUCGUCCUUCGAUUGAAAACAACCCACUGCAGCGGCGGCAAAAACCACUCACUCACUCUCUCAAUCACUUUUUCACGAUUCCCUUUUCCUCAUCCAUAACUCAUUCAUCAUUUCCCUUCCAAUCCGUACUACUACUUGACCCUGUGGCAUGUGCUUUAGUUCUGCGUUCUUGAGAUUACGGUUGCAUGCUCUGCUUAUAAACAUUCAAAAUUGUUUGCAACAACUGGACAAAGAAGCAAUGAAUGGCAACAACACUAAGCUAGGCUGAAAUGUUUUUCGAUGAGAAGACUCUGUAUCAAUUAAUAUCUUAUUCCUAUUUCCUUUUGGUUCGGGUAUACGUGUUAGUCUUUUCACUUUCAAAUGCUCAUCUGUACAUAUUAUUUUAUAGAUCAUUGAAGCAUACAGCUGUAGCAACAUGUGGUCAAGCAUUAAUUAAGCAAGAAAAACUAUUUAAAAAAAUGCUGUCUACUAGUGCUGCUGCUCAGCUUCCCAGUUGCUCGUACCGCAUUCCCAGCCAUCUUAAUGUCCAUCAUCAUACCCGACAAAAGAGAAAACUCACCACUCUAUCACUUGCCAAUGCAGAUAACCAAAUCCCUCUCAGAAACUUCUACGGUCCAAGUCUUCCUCAGACAUACAGUUGCUGCAACGGGAUAGAAAGCAAUUACAGUUCUAGUUACAAUUCCAAUUCAAAUCAGGACGACAGACACCUAUUCCUUAUUAAAUUCUUCUCACUUGCUGACUCAGAAGAUACCGGUAAUCAAAAUCCAGAAUCCAGAAACCAUAGUCAACAUCAAGUAGACAGACAAAGGGAAUUCAAGGAAAGCGACAAACAAAGUGCACUUUUCACUAAGAUGUGGUGGGCAGAUUUGAAAGCGGCAUUCGGCCAAAGCAUCAACUUUGAGGGCAUUCUUUGUUCAACUAUGGUGAUCUUAAAAGACCCACAUUUGGCUGUGCCCCAUAUUUCAGUUCGUGAUAUAAGAUACAUUGACUGGGCUGCUCUACGUAGAAAGGGAUUUAAGGGUGUUGUCUUUGACAAAGAUAAUACUAUUACAGCACCCUACUCUUUAAUGCUGUGGCCUCUGCUCGAGUCUUCACUGGAAAGUUGUAAAUCAGAGUUCGGUCCAGAUAUUGCUGUAUUCAGUAACUCAGCUGGACUUCGCGAGUAUGACCAUGAUGGUUCAAAAGCUAGGAAUCUUGAGAGUGCAAUUGGAAUUAAAGUCAUCAGACACAGAGUGAAAAAGCCAGGUGGCACAGCUGAAGAAGUUGAAAAGCAUUUUGGCUGUGAUUCAUCACAGUUAAUCAUGGUGGGUGAUCGUCCCUUCACUGACAUUGUUUAUGGCAAUCGAAAUGGAUUUCUUACUAUUUUGACAGAGCCAUUGAGUCUUUCCGAGGAGCCAUUUAUUGUUAAGCAGGUGAGGAAGCUAGAAACUACAUUUGUAAAUUACUGGUCUAGAAAAGGAUUGAAGCCCCCUGAGCAGAAGCUAUUGCCAGAUCCCAGACAUUGUGUCAAAGAGCCACGUCCUUGAUAGACUUGUCUCCAAAAGACACUAAUUUUUUGGGUUAUCAAAAUGCAGCCCUUUAGUAAUGCAUACAAGUGAAUUUUUGUUAAAUUAUUUAGUUUUUUUUUCCCUUUACAAAACUGGUAAUGUAUCCCUCACCUUCCAACCUGUCUUUUUGGUAAGUUAAGGUAUCUCCUCUUACUUAAUCCGUGUUUCCUUAAGAUGCAGGUAUAAGAAAUAUCAGGAAAUUAGUUUUUGAAUGUACAAUAUAAUUUAUUUAUUUUUUAAAUUUUA